GAAACGAAGCUCCUGAGCAAGGAACCCCGAGACAGGAAUAUUCACGUGAUUAUAAUCUACAGCGACCAUUGGCUGCAGGAGAAGGAUAGGGCGUUCCGACGACGGCGGCGUGGGUUUGCCUGGAUGACACAAUUACAACAACUUUGAGCUGGUGGUUGGGGGAAGUUUGUGAUAUUACCAAAUAACACCCCGUUUUAAAACCCUGCUUCAACGGCACUCUAUGCAUCACAUGGAAUAGGUUGCAUAUUACUAUUUAGUAUAAAACAAUGUAAAAGACCGUCCGGAGGGCUUGUUUUCUUUAAGGAUUUGGCAACAAUUCUUUCACAUUUUUAAUCCUGGGGGAAAGUUGCUUUCCCCAAAUAUAUUUUUCGGUUGCUUUUUACAUUUGGUGGAGUUCCUCAUUUGCUCCUCCAUUGCGUUUCCAUGAAAUCGUGCGGAGUGUCGCUCGCCGCUGCUGCCUGCGCCGCUGCUCGAAGUCUCGGCGCUGCUGGUGAUGAGGAAAAGAAAAUGGCGGCGGGAAAAGCGAGUGAAACCGAAGAGGACUUUCCGAGGCUGACAACGCAGGAGAGGAGCAGCCUGGCCGGAAUAGACAGCCGACUGUUUGGAUUUCAGAGGCUUCAUGAAGAUGGCGCCAGAACGAAGGCCUUGCUGUUAAAGGCUGUUCGCUGCUACGAUGCUCUCAUCUUGAAAGCUGAAGGAAAAGUUGAGCCAGAGUUGUUUUGCCAGCUAGGUCACUUCAACCUCCUCCUGGAGGAUUACCCAAAAGCAUUAUCAGCAUACCAGAGGUACUACAGUUUACAGUCUGACUACUGGAAGAAUGCUGCCUUUUUAUAUGGCCUUGGGAUGGUUUACUUCCAUUACAAUGCAUUUCAGUGGCCAGUGCAGCCCUCCUCUACUGAUGCCCACUCUGGACAGAGAAGGGCGAUAAAAGCGUUUCAGGAGGUGCUUUAUAUCGACCCCAGCUUCUCCCGGGCCAAGGAGAUCCACCUGCGGCUCGGUGUGAUGUUCAAGGUUAUCACAGACUACGAGUCAAGCCUAAAGCAUUUUCAGCUGGCUUUGAUUGACUCAACCCCCUGCACUUUGUCAAAAGCUGAAAUUCAGUUUCACAUCGCUCAUUUGUAUGAAAUUCAGAAGAAGUACCGCGCCGCCAAAGAGGCGUACGAGGCGCUUCUGCAGACGGAGAACCUUCCGGCGCAGGUGAAGGCAACCACCCUGCAACAGUUAGGCUGGAUGCAUCACACGGUGGAUCAGUUGGGAGAUAAAGCCAACAAGGACAGCUACGCUAUACAGUGUCUGCAGAAGUCACUAGAAGCAGACCCCAACUCUGGACAGUCCUGGUACUUCCUUGGCAGGUGCUACUCAAGUAUUGGGAAGGUCCAGGAUGCCUUCAUUUCCUACAGGCAGUCUAUUGACAAAUCAGAAGCCAGCGCGGACACAUGGUGUUCAAUAGGUGUGUUGUAUCAGCAGCAGAACCAGCCCAUGGACGCCCUGCAGGCGUACAUCUGCGCGGUUCAGCUGGACCACGGCCACGCGGCGGCCUGGAUGGACCUGGGCACGCUCUACGAGUCCUGCAGCCAGCCUCAGGACGCCAUCAAAUGCUACAUCAACGCCACCCGCAGCAAGUCCUGCACCAACGGCGCCGCGCUCGCCACCCGCAUCAAAUGCCUACAGGCUCAGUUGUGUAACCUUCAACAAACUAGUCUACCGAGUAAAAGUAAAAUGCUUCCUAGUAUUGAGGAGGCAUGGAGCCUACCAAUCCCAGCAGAACUUACCUCCAGGCAGGGCGCCCAGAACUCAGCACUGCAGGCCUGCAAACCCAGUCAGAGUAGUGAAGGGGGGGGCCUGGGCCAGCCGCCGAUGCCGCCGCACUCGCUGCCUGCGCACGGGGGCCCGUCGGGCCAGGCCGACGACCAGUCCAGCCCAGCCAAGAGGAAGCGCACGUCCAGCCCAGCCAAGAGUUCUACAGAUUCCUGGGCAAACAAUAGUACUGUGCAACAGCAGGUCCCUAACUGGUACUUGACACCACAGAAACUACAGCUCCUGGAUCAGCUACGGACAAACAGGGCGAGCCUGAAGCCAAUGCAGGUGCAGAUGCUUGAGCAGCUGGAGAAUCAGUUUGCUCACAUGCAGCAGCACCAGCAGCAGAUGAGACAAAACGCGGCUGGACUGGUGCGACCCACCAUUCCCAACGGCCCCACACCCAGCUCCACACUGCCUACAAACCCCCUGCCUCCCGCUCAGCACCCCCACACCCCGCCACAGCCAGUCCGGCCCCCCUGCACCGGCCAGCCAAUGGCCAACGGACCUUUUCCGGCCAGCUCCGCCCCCUGCAGCACAGCUGGGAAGCCGGGUAACGCAGACACUAUUUCUGUAGGCAAUAAUCACACGACAGGAAUGGGAAGCAACGGAAACGUGCCUUACCUGCAGCUAAACGCACUACCUCACAACUGCACAACCCCGACCAGCAGCAGCGGCAGCGCUGAGGAGCUGUGGAAAAACCAACACGCUAACUCCACUCAGGGGCUUCACAAAGGUCCAGGUUCGCAUUCGGCAGGUCCCAAUGGCGAAUGGCCUUUCUCUUCCACUGGGACUUCCGCCCAGCCUUUCCAGGCAGCUGGAACCAGUAUUCAAAAUCAGGUCGGACAUUCCACCGCGCCUAGCGAUUCGUUACCGCAGGGGGCCGCUCUCAAUCACCUGUCCUCUCCUCCUCCUCCUCCUCCUCCUCACACUGCUACCUCAGGUGGACAGCAAGGCAUUACCUUAACCAAAGAGAGCAGGCCUUCAGGAAACUGCGCCGCUCCGCCGGGGCCUGAGGGCAGCAGGCAUUCCGGAGGGACGCCUAACAGCACUGCCGCUGUAGAGGGACUCCCUAAUCACGUCCAUCGGGCGACGGCAGAUGCUCUCGCCAGCCCCAGCCGCGCGGACUGCAGGUCACCAGGUGUACUUAGUUCAGACAAUCCUCAGCUCUCCGCCUUGUUGGGCGGGGGGAAAGCCAACAGCGGCGGCGGCGGCGCUGCCAGCGGGACGCCCACCAAGGUCAACAACGUUCACCCGGCCCUGCACGGCCCAAAGACUCACGAGAGCUCGGCGGCCUCCUCGCCCGUCUCAGCCAUGUCCACCGCGACGCCGUCCCCCAAGUCCACGGAGCAGGCCGGGCCCCACAGCCCCCAGGCCGGCCCGGGGUCGGGCCCGGGCCCCACGGUCAACGGCACGGGGCCCGAGGACUCUCAGAGCCCCCUGAAGGCGGAGCCGCCCGCCGUCCACGCCCACAAGCCGGGGCCCCUCCCCCUGGCGUCCUGGUCCUCCGUGUCGAUCUACCCCAGCUCGGCGGACGUGCUCAAAGCGUGCAGAAAUCUGGGCAAGAAUGGUCUGUCUAACAGUAGCAUCUUUUUGGACAAGUGUCCCCCUCCGCGACUCCCUGCCCCCCCCUUCCCCACACUGCCAAAGGACAAGUUGAACCCCCCCACCCCCAGCAUUUAUCUGGAGAACAAGAGAGACGCUUUCUUUCCACCUCUGCACCAGUUCUGCACAAACCCGGCCAACCCUGUCACAGUGAUCCGGGGACUGGCAGGAGCACUCAAACUGGAUUUGGGGCUGUUCUCCACCAAGACCCUGGUGGAGGCCAACCCGGACCACCUGGUGGAGGUGCGGACCCAGAUGUCCCAGCCCACGGACGAGAACUGGGACCCGUCAGGGACCAGGAAGAUGUGGCGCUGCGAGAGCAGCCGCUCGCACACCACCAUCGCCAAAUACGCGCAGUACCAGGCGUCCUCCUUCCAGGAGUCGCUGCGGGAGGAGAAUGAAAAGAAGGGGCAGAAAGAGCACUCGGAUAAUGAAUCCACAUCCCCAGAGAAUGUUGCCCGAAGAAGGAGAGGUCCAUUUAAACACAUCAAGUUUGGAACGAACAUAGACCUAUCAGACGAGAGGAAAUGGAAGCUGCAGUUGCAUGAGCUGAGUAAGCUCCCAGCCUUCGCUCGGGUGGUGUCUGCUGGGAACCUGCUGAGUCACGUGGGUCACACCAUCCUGGGGAUGAACACUGUGCAGCUCUACAUGAAGGUGCCCGGCAGCAGAACACCAGGCCACCAAGAAAACAACAACUUCUGCUCGGUUAACAUCAACAUCGGACCAGGGGACUGUGAAUGGUUUGCCGUGCCAGAGCUGUACUGGGGCGUCAUGAAUGAUUUCUGUGAAAAGAAUAAUAUCAAUUUCCUGAUGGGUUCGUGGUGGCCCAACCUGGAGGACCUGUACGAGGCCAACGUGCCCGUUUACCGGUUCAUCCAGCGGCCGGGGGACCUGGUGUGGAUCAACACGGGCACGGUGCACUGGGUGCAGGCCAUCGGCUGGUGCAACAACAUCGCCUGGAACGUGGGCCCGCUAACAGCUCACCAGUACAAACUGGCGGUGGAGCGGUACGAGUGGAACAAGCUGCAGAAUGUCAAAUCCAUCGUGCCCAUGAUCCACCUCUCAUGGAACAUGGCCAGGAACAUCAAGGUUUCCGACCACAAGCUCUUUGAAAUGAUCAAGUUCUGCUUGUUGAGGACCCUGAAGCAGUUCCAGAUGCUGAAGGAGGCUCUCCUGGGCGUGGGCAAGGAGGUGGUCUGGCACGGGAGGGCCAAAGAUGAGCCCGCUCACUACUGCAGCAUCUGCGAGGUGGAGGUCUUCAACCUGCUGUUCGUCACGAGCGAGAGCAACUCCCGCAAGACCUACGUGGUGCACUGCCAGGGCUGCGCCCGCAAGGCCAGUGCCGACCUGGAGAGCUUCGUGGUGCUGGAGCAGUACAGGCUGGAGGACCUGAUGCAGGUCUACGACCAGUUCACAUUAGCUCCUCCAUUGCCCUCAUCCUCAUCUUGACAUUAACAUUUAUCGUUCUGUGGGCAGUACACACGGACUAAAUGAACCAUUUCUGAUAUUCAGGAAGGGACCAGGUUCUGCACCACUGGUUUCUGUAGCUAUCCCACAAGGCUGCUGGCUGAAAGCUCUGUGUCUAUGCAACCUGCCAAGUGCGCAGUGUCAACCCCUACUGGACGGGAGUGGGUACUGCUCCUUCUCCAGGACUAUUUCAAAGCUGGUUCAGCUCUUACUUACAUUAAAAAGUAAAUAAAAUAUGAUAAAAUGUUUUGUAUAUAUUAUGUCAACUGGCAACAACACAGACUACUGACUUUCUCUUUUUGUAUUCUGUUUAUGGGCUGAGAAAUUACCUUUUUUCCUCAUUGAAAAUUUUUCCCCUUCAAAUGAGUACUAGCUUAGCUGGUCUUUUGUAUGAUAGAUAGAAAUUUGAAGUCUCUUUGGGCAACAAAAUCAAAAAAAGGAAAAAAAAAAGAAGACAUUUUUGUAAUGUGAAGACUUAGGUGAUAUCUUUUUUUUUUACGGCUUUUAUGUUUGUCUUAUUUUGAUGUUUAUUUUUUGUUAGUUUAAGAGGGAAAAAAUCCGAAAAAAUAACAGCCAAGGCUCAAAGAAAAACGAGUUGCACAUAGACUAAGGACAAUUUAAUUUGUUGUGAUUUCUUUUGUUUUGUUUCUAAUCUUGAUGUAAAUUUACACUAUUUAUAAAUACAUAUUUAUUGCUUGAAAAUAUUUGUGGAUGGAAUGCUGUUAUUUUUUCCAGAGUACCUGCCAUGAAAUUUUAAGGAGUUGCAAUUUUAUUACUCCUGUUAUGUUUUCUAUAUAUAAAUAAAACUGCUUAGUAAGCAUUGUACAGAUACAUGAAAAUUGUUUUAUUGUUUGAAGGAUGUUUUAUGAGUUAUUAAACCAAAAUUGUUACCAUAUUA